AUGGGAGUUCUCAAAAUCUGCAAAAAGUUGAGAUAUGGUUUAAACCCUUACAAAACCCAGUACACUUUUCUUUCUACUGUUUCAAAUGCUACAAAUUGCCGGAUUUCCUCAACUGGGUACUCCUUAUUUCAUCAAAAUUUCAACCCCGAAUCUUCAAGUUCUUAUCUUACAUCGAUAAUCUCAAAUGGGUCGAAUUCAAAUUCUCAAGCUGCUAAGAAUUUGUUGGGUUUUUUGAGGUAUAACUUCAGCUUUAAAAUGUUUUAUAGUUCUUGCAUCAAUUCCUCUGCCAAAACAAUUAGUAAAUUGAUUAAUACUAAACUAUCAAUUGGUGAUAUUAAUUGCAUAAUUGAUAUAAUUAGAGGUGAUGGAAUUGAUAUGGAAUUUAGGUUGAAUUCAAUUGGUUUAAAUCAGAUGAAGUUAAUUCUUGAUGUUUUAUGUUGGUUAAAUAUUUUGGAAGUUCCGGUAUUGCGAUUUUUUACUUGGUUGAAAGAUGCACAUCCAAGUUAUUGUAGAAAUGCAAAUAUAUGUAGUUUGGUUGUUGCCAAUUUUGGCUUUUUGGGUGAUUAUGCUGCUAUGCUUAAAUUAUUGGAAGAUUUUCGGAAUCAGCAGAUUUGCCUUAGUGAAAAGGCGUUCGGGUUUUUGCCCAUUUCGAGUACUAGUGUGGAGAAUGCUAAAAAAUCUAUUACUGAAGUUGUAGAGAUUUUAAAUGAAGUUGGUGGUUCGUGUCGUAAUUCUGGGAUUCAUUCAUUGGUUGAGAUGCUUUGCUCUUUGAAUGAAUUUGAUUUAGCCAAAUAUGUCAUUAAGAUUACCGAGGAGAAGGUGUUGUAUUACAAUGUAUUGGUGAAGCAUAUGUGUAGUAGAGGUCAGUUUAAAGAUGCAUGGAAUCUGUUCGAGGAGAUGAGGCAAUUAAGAUGUGACCCUGAUUGUAGAACCUAUAAUUACGCGAUUAGUAGUUUGUGCAAGCAAGGAAAUAUUGAUGAAGCAUUCUUUGUUCUCCAAGAUAUGCUUAGUAGAAACUGUUCCCCAAACCUAAUUAGUUUUGAAAUACUGAUUCAUUUCGCCUGUAGAUAUGGAAGGUCAGAUCAGGCUGUUAUGUUUUAUGACCUCAUGGUUUCUAGCAAUGUUAAGCCUUAUCUUUCGACUCAUUAUGCUUUCAUCAGAGGCUAUUUCCGUUCCCAACAGUUUGAGAAGGCACAUAGAUAUGUAAUUAGAACUGCUGCAGAGGAUAAAUGCUCGCAUUGCUGGGCGCCGGAAAUUUACAAUGUAUUGGCAAGCCUUCACCUAAAAGAUGGGGAUCUUCUUUUUGCUUACAGACUUCUUGUAGAGAUGCUUGGGAAAGGGCUUAAGCCUAAACAUUCUGUAUUUAUGAGAGUCAAUAAGUGUCUCCACCAGACUGGGCAUGCAAAAUUUGCUGAUUCUUUAAAGGCUCUGUAUGACAGUCGAGUUGUUGGGUGA